GUAAUAGAAAUACUCUCGUUUGCUUACAAAGUAAACUGGAGGCAUUAAUCGACUCGGAUAUAGGGUCGUUCGUAGUCGUCGUCCUCGUAUGCCGCGCGACGCGUAUGCAAAGUAUAAAGUAAGAGUACAUACAUCUGUAACGUGAUAGACAAGAGGAAUACCGACGCAGGGCGUCACGAUAAGUUACAUCAUAGGUGGGAUGGUUUUCCGGAUAGGGCUAUAAUUUGGAGGUGCAGCGCAAGCGCCGCAUAAAAGCUCCGGGUCAACGGCAAGAACGUCGUCCCAGUCUAGUCGUACGACGAACGUCGAGCUCGACUCUCUCUCUUUUUUGAAUGCGCACAUUUAUUCUGCGCGCGUAUUAUAAAGCCCCCCACUCCCUCCUUCUCUCACUUUACCUGUUAUUUUUGAAAUAAAAAAAAAAAACCGCCAAAAUUUCGAAAGUCGAAAAAAAAAUUUUGUCAAGGGUAAAAAAAUACCCAGACUUUUCGAAUUUUCAGAAAAAAUGAAAAUUGUUUUUUUUUAGUUUCGAAAGUGUUUUUUAUGAUCUGGUUUAUUAGACAAAUAAAUAAUGAAAAAAGUUUUUGAAACAUUUUUUGCGUUUCAUUUGAAUAGCGGGAUUUCAUUCCUUCGUCUCGGCGAACACCUGUAGCAGCGCCGGAAAACUUGCUUCCAACCGUUUCCCCGCUCCCAGGAAAUUCGUGUUUUCGAUUGUUGAAAAAAAAAGGAAAAAAAUAAAAAUGAUUGCAAAAAGAAAAUAUUUUCUUAAAAGAAGAUAAAUUAAGAAUUUUUUGAUUGAAAAAAAGAAAAGAGACUGAAAAGGAUCUUUUUUAAGUGUAUAUUGUGAUUGUGUUUUGAAAAAGAGUUUUUGAAAAAAACUUGUGUGGGACAAUUAUUUUUGGAGUUGGAAAUAAUUGGACAAUAUUAAUAAUUGUCACCUUAAACGAAAAUUUAGUUGAGAAAAAUUGAAUUUUGAUGAUUUUCAUGGUCCUUUCACAGGAAUUGGACGAAUUUUCUAUGAAAACGAUUUGGACAAGAAGGAGGAAAUUCAUCUCAUUGGAAAAAGAAGAAGAAGAAGGAAAAAAAAUGGUGAGCGUGAGAAGGUGUUGAUGAUGGAUUUUGUCAUCUUUCAUUCAAACGAAUGGCGAGAAUGAGGGGGAGGCGUUAUUGCUUGGAGCAAGUUGAAAAUAUUGAAAGUUUGAAAGAAAAUUUGGAAGACUAGAAAAAAAAGAAAUUCAAUGCGUGCGUUGAUCUACUGUGGAGAUUGGCGACGAAAAGCUCGGAAGUAUGACGUAGUCAGAGUGACCAGGAGCGUUUGGAAUGCUCCAGAUUAUCGGUUAGGGUCGUAUGGAGGGGAAGUACGUAACAACCGACAGCACCUGGUUUUUGAACCUGACGACGAUCACUACUACUCAGGACUACGACAAUUUCCUCUACGGAUUUCCCGGCGAACAUUCUCUUUACUCUACUUCUCAGGCCAUCAUUCUCGCUCUACUUCUUGGAAUUAUUGUCAUAGGAACUGUAAUUGGAAACAUUUUGGUUUGCAUUGCGGUGUGCCUCGUGAGGAAACUGCGGAGGCCUUGCAACUACCUCCUGGUGAGCUUAGCUGUCAGUGAUCUCUGUGUGGCACUAUUAGUAAUGCCGUUGGCAGUGAUCUACGAAAUUCUGGGAAGUUGGCCUCUCGGAUCCUUCAUGUGUGAUAUUUGGGUCAGUUUCGAUGUUCUCAGUUGCGCAGCAAGCAUUUUAAAUCUCUGCGCGAUAUCCGUUGACCGGUACAAGGCCAUCACGAAGCCACUGGAAUAUGGGGUAAAGAGAACACCACGACGAAUGAUCGGCUGGGUUGCUCUUGUAUGGUGCAUGGCUGGCUGUAUCAGUUUAGCUCCCUUGUUGAUACUCGGAAAUGAGUACAAGACUUCCGAAACUGGACGCAUCGAUUGUUCCGUUUGUCAAAAUUCAUGGUAUCAAUUUUAUGCCACCAUGUGCAGCUUUUAUAUUCCAACGACCGUCAUGAUUUAUGUAUACUACAUGAUCUUUCGGGCUGCCCGUAAAAUAGUGUUAGAAGAAAGAAGGGCACAAAGUCAUUUGGAGGCGCAUUGUCAUUUGGACAUUGAACCGCCGCAAAAUCUCUCUGUACCAGUGAUAACUCGUCCAAAUAAUUCCGAUGGACAAACAACGCACACGAGUUCACCUUUGAAGCAACAUAGAAGUUCCAGUGCAUCGACCACGGGAAGACCGCGGCUACAUGCAACAGCGUGUAGCGGUCACGAGGUGAAAUGUUUCACCGGUGGUCCAAGAAAAAGUAACGAGUCCCAAUGUCCAAUGUUGCAAAAAAGUGAGAAACUAACAUCAUCAUCAUCAACAACAACGCCAUUAUCAAUUGGAAAAACAAUGAAUAAUCGUAAUCAUCAAAAUAGCACGUGUAGCGUAACAAAUUCACCGCAUCAAAAGAAACUUAGAUUUCAAUUGGCUAAAGAGAGAAAGGCAAGCACAACACUUGGAAUAAUAAUGAGCGCCUUUAUAAUAUGUUGGCUACCAUUUUUUGUUCUUGCAUUAGUGAGGCCAUUCCUCAAGGAUCCACAAUCAAUACCAACGGCAGUAUCAAGUGUCUUCCUUUGGCUUGGCUAUUGCAACAGUCUUUUGAAUCCAAUUAUUUAUGCAACAUUAAAUAGGGAUUUCCGUAAGCCCUUCAGAGAAAUUCUGUUCUUCCGGUGUGGCAAGCUCAAUCAUAUGAUGAGAGAAGAAUUUUAUCAUAGUCAGUAUGGUGAUCCAGUGAAUAAAUAUAUUAGAUCUGGCGAUGAAAUUGGAGGUCAUCGCGGUGAUAAUCAUUGUGUUGAAGCAAUUGAUGUUGCACCCAAUACGCCCAAUGAAAGUUUUCUAUGAUCCCCGUGAAGUCGAUUAACGAAUGUGAAUUUUUAAUAAUUCUCUUCAAAAUAUAAAACACAUAAUAAUAUACAAGUUACAAGAUGAGGAUUAUUAUUUCAAUUAUUUGUUUUUUUUUCAUCUACUGACACACUCAAUUUUGCCCUUCAUGUCUCACUUUCCGUAUAAAAAUAUUUAAU